AUGUCCGAGCGAAAGGUCCUUCAAAAGUACUACCCGCCAGACUUCGACCCGUCGGCGCUCACCCGCAAGAGAGGCGGAUCCAAGCCCUCAGGACCAAAAGUUCAAACGGUUCGUAUAAUGUCGCCGUACUCCAUGAAAUGCUUAACUUGCGGCGAGUACAUCUACAAGGGCCGCAAGUUCAACUCCCGCAAGGAGACGCGCCAGGGCGAUACUUAUCUAGGGAUACAAGUGCACCAUUUCCAUAUUCGUUGCACGCGUUGUUCGGCUGAGAUUUCGUUCAGAACCGACCCGAAGUCCGCAGGAUACAUGAUGGACAAGGGCGCGGUGCGCAACAUGGAGCCGUGGCGCAACAAGGAAGAGGAGCAGGAGUCGGUCGAGCAGCGUCUAGACAGACUGGAGCGCGAGGAGGCUGAGGCUGCGGGCGAGGAGGAGCGCAACGCCAUGGCGGAUCUCGAGGCCAAGAAUGAGGACGCAAGGAGGGAGAUGGCGGCCGCGGACGCGCUCGACGAGAUCAGGCAACGAAACGCGCGUAUCCAGCGCUCCGAGAAGGAGGGCGUCGACUUCGCCGACUAUGUCGUCAGGCCCGAGGAAGAGGAGAAGGCGCGGUUGGAGAGGGAAGACGAGGAGGCGGCCAGGAGGGCGUUUGCGGCUGCUAGGGAACGGGCUGCCGCGGACCUCGGGGAGGAGAUUAUCGAAGACGAGAUCGUUGACGACGAGGCUGCCUCGUCGUCUUCGUCAUCGGUGGAAAAGACGGCGGGUACCGUGAGGGACACCUCGCUGAUGCCGCCACCGCCGCCUCCCGCCAAGAGAGUGGUCAAGAAGAAGAAGGAUUACUCUGCGGCGUUGGGCAUCAAGAAGAAGCCGUCGCUGGUAUGA